CCUGAAGUUGCCCCCGUGGGGAUGAGCAAUCCCAGUCUCCUUGAUUGUCUCCGUUACAUGGUCCCGGAUGUCUCCUACAUUCAGCCUGAAUUCAGUCACCUCACAUCGCCAACCACUCCGCGAUCGUCUUCAUCUUCCCCCUCCUCUUCCCACUCUUCUUCCCACAGUCCCUCAUUGCCCUUCUCCGUCUCGUCUUGCGUCGCUCUUGACUCGCCCAACUCCAUGCCAUUUACGCUUAUUGAUGCGUUAACAAGCCUACUUCAAGACAGACUUUUAACCACUUUUUCGCGUGUCAGACUGGCAGAGCCAAGACAAACUUUGUCAGAGUCAAUGGACCUCGAAAUGACGACCUCCAACUUAAGUCAGUCAAAUUCUGAGCGUCGCAAACACGUUACUGGUCCCGGCAUACGUAGCGGUAUUCGUGAUCACGGCGUUAAGGCUUCAGUUGUCGACGAAAGGGAAGAUGGAACUUGGGCUGCUCACCUCACUCUGCUGCUUCAGGCGCCCGUCUUCGCCACUUCCACACACGGACCAUUGCUCAACCCGAUCGGGCCAGUUUACGCAACCGAUGAUCUGCAGACAGCAGGUCUCUCUACAGUCUCGGAUAAUUGGUUGGGUGCCGUGGGAACUGCAAUCGGACUGCCCAUCCCACUGCCAACAUUCAGUGAGUGGUUUCUCGUGGAUAAUGGUUUCUGGCUCUGCCGAUGUCAGUCACAGGACGGGCGAAGUCAUCGGGAUCGCAAGACGCUGAGCCGAGAUCUUCUUCACACAAUUCAAAAGACACAAGUCCAGGCUAAUCCUCCUGCGAUAUCCGUAGAAGCCAAUCUACGAACCACUUCGACCCGCUUUCUCAAACGAAAUGAAAGUCUAUCCUCCCUCCUAGUGGAUGUCUUGCUGCCUGUUAUUUUGGCGCUGAUGGAAGCUGAUCUUCUAGACGGCACAUCAGUUUGGAGCGAAGCCCAAUCUGUUUCUGGGACUCCGACCGGCUGUUCACGUAAGACUGAAUCUUCUGGCUCAGCUCGACCCGAUGCGUUGCCUCAGAAGAGGCGUCUCCAUUCUCCUCCGCCGCCUACAGGCGGUAGUUCGGCCGCUUCAGAAGUCCGAGACACUGAGUACAGAGAGCGGCAGAAGAGCAGCUCUACAACUUUGUCGGUCUUUUUUCAACCUGUACGCAUGUUUAUUCGUCUAAUCCUCUGUUUCUUUGCCGGUCAACCGGCCGUCCCUGAUUGCAAUCUACAGGAGGCGGAGGCGAAAGAGACCGAGCAAAUCGGAGACAAAGACAUGCUCAGCCUCGAGAGCCAGCUCUGUUGGUCAAAUCUUGGAGGCGGCCAUUUGGCCGCCCAGUUGAAUGAACUGAUGCGUCGAGCUGAAAACGCCUCGUUGUUGAGCUUUCCGAUUUAUUCAAGAGAUUCGCAGUCUCGAAAUGGGUCGGAAUGCAAAGAUGAGCAAGACGCCAAGCAUGGAUAUAAGGCAUUUCAACUUCUUACCUCCGGCAUUUCAGACUGCCUGGUAUUGAGAGCACUCUGCGCCUUAAUGGCCGAGACGUUUCAGAGCAAGUUCAGUCUUCCCACUCAACUUCUGGGAGAUGAUCUGCCAUUUAUCACCGCAGAAGAUGUGUGA